AUGUCGCUCGUGAGGCUCCCAAUGAGCCUGUCAAAGAGGAGCCAUUUUCUUGGACGCAAGAAACCGCAUCCGAUCUUCGUCAUCAUCCUCGUCGGACCACAUGAGGUGCCCUUCGGCAUCCAGAAAGACUUUCUCUGUGCCAGAUCGUCAUUCUACCGCAAGCACUUCAAGGAGAACUCUGCGCCCGACACCAUCGAGCACAUCGUGAAGCUGCCCCGCACCUCGGUUGAAGUCUUUGGUCUGACCCAACACUUUCUAUUCACUGGCCAAGUCUCAGACGAUGCCGACUCCAUCCCUUCCUACGAGGAUCUCAUUGGCGUUUGGAAGCUGGGUUAUGAGCUCGGCAUUGAUGGCCUCUGCGACACGACUCUCGAGGUAAUGACUGAGUGUAGACGAGUCACUCAGCACAUCCCCGCCACUCCGCUGCUUGUCCGGGUCUGGAGAGACACUCCUGAGGGCUCCGCAAUCCGGCAGCUUCUCUUGUCGUGGGCGGCCGAGUACAUGCGCUCUUCUGAGCAUAGAGCCGAGUUUGCCAAGUCACUCCCCCAGGAGGUUCUGAGUGAGCUCGUGGUAGCUAUGAGCUCCCUUGAGAAUCUGCCCGCUGGUCAAAGCCCAACUUCAGCGAAUUCCCCCCAGUCUGCCGAGCCUGCUCCGAGGAAGAGCGUGCACUACCUCGAGGAGGACAGUGAAGAGGAGCGCCAGUCCAAGAAGAACCGGAGGGCAUCUGCGCCGUUGCCCGCCUCUCAGAACUCCAAGGCAUACAACCGGGCCCCGCCUCCUCCUGUCCGGAAGGCCGCCGCUGCAGCUGCUGUUGCCUCGGCACCCAAGCAGAAGCCCGUGGUCCAGAAGCGUCGGAGUAUGCCUGCAGGCCCGACCGGUGAAAUUACCACGGAGAAAAAGGUUGAGUUCUGCUCUGACCUUCUUGACAGAAUGCUCUCUGGCCCUGGCUUCUGGACGCGUCUGGUCGGUCCUUUCAAGGAGCCCGUCGACCCCGCCGAGGAUGGCGUGCCCGACUACUUCGAUAAAGUGAAGAACCCGAUGGAUCUCAACACCAUCAAGGCUAAGAUGGCCAGAGGAGAGUACACCAAUGAGGACACAUUCGCCUCGGACGUCCGCCAGAUCUUCAACAACUGCUACACAUACUGGAAGAAGGGCGACCCCAUGUGGGUUGCAUGUGAGAAGUUCCAGAAGACAUUUGAGGAGAAGUAUUCUCAGAUGACCAAGAACAUCACCAAGAUGAUGAGAGAGCCCGUGGACUGA